CUCUUUCCCACACUAAGUCCUCCCCUCUCCCUCCCUCCCUCCAACGCCUGGAAGUCCGCGCGCAGAGCCAGCACCGCCGCCCGCCGUUAGCUUCCAGAGCUGGGGGACCGCGACCCGCACUGUUGGGAAAGACAGGCUCCCACGUCCCACUACCUGGUUGUCAGGAGGAAAAGCCAGGCUUUCCUUCCAGGAACAAGGGAGAGAGUCGAGGGCACAGCUGCUGUGGAGGUUCCUAAGGAGACUCAGACUGGCUUCUUUCCCUGCUCCCAGGAGACUGGAGACAGGAGGAAACCUCAGACAGCAGAGCUGCUCCCUGGCCAGCAAGAAGCCCCAACCUGGAUGAGUGAAAGAUGCGGCCUGAUGACAUUAACCCGAGGACUGGGCUGGUGGUGGCCCUGGUCAGUGUCUUCCUGGUCUUUGGCUUCAUGUUCACUGUCUCGGGGAUGAAAGGAGAGACUCUGGGAAACAUACCCCUCCUGGCCAUCGGACCAGCCAUCUGCCUGCCAGGCAUCGCGGCCAUUGCCCUGGCCAGGAAAACUGAGGGGUGCACCAAGUGGCCCGAAAAUGAGCUGCUCUGGGUCCGAAAGUUGCCCUGCUUCCGGAAACCCAAGGACAAGGAGGUGGUGGAGCUGCUGAGGACCCCUUCGGACCUGGAGUCAGGCAAGGGAAGCUCCGAUGAGCUGGCUAAGAAGGCAGGCCUCCGGGGGAAGCUGCCCUCCCAGGGGCAGGCCGAGGUGCCUGUGGCCAGCUCUAUCACUACUCCCACCCCCACGGAAGAAGGAGAAUGCCAGAGCCUGGUCCGGAGCGGGCAGCAGGAGGAGACUUCCAGAUACCUGGACGGCUACUGUCCCUCAGGCAGUUCCCUCACCUACAGUGCCUUGGAUGCCAAGUGCUCAGCCUGGGACAGGUCCGAGUGCCCCGAGCCAGAGGACAGUAUCUUCUUUGUGCCCCAGGACAGUAUCAUCGUUUGCUCCUACAAGCAGAACAGUCCCUAUGACAGAUACUGUUGUUACAUCAAUCAGAGCCAAGGCAGGUGGGACCACGAGACGAUAGUCUAAGCUUUGCAUACAAGGGUCGCUGUGCUGAUAGAAACAUGACUACACUCAGCUCCCGAUGGAAGGAAACUGCCCGCUCCAACAGCCUUCACACUGUUAGAGAUUGACCUGGUAUGUGAUGGGUGUGCAAACGUCUGGUGCCUGAGAGCCAUGUAAAUAGGCAUGUUGGGGACACAUUUUAGGGAGGGGUGAUGAGUGUUAAGGACACUGGAAGAGGCAAUGGGUAGGAGAGGAAGCAGUUCCAGUUACUUUUUAACAAUUUAAACCAUGUUGGAUGGUUUGUAAAUAACCCAACAAGUGCCACUCAGUACCUGCUGAAAGCAAGGCAAAUCUUGAGUGGGCUGCAAAAAAAACCCCAAAAAACAAAACAAAACUGCUUUUCAUAGGGACUCGGAGCUGCUUUAGGUCUGAAAAAGAUUGAAAGAAGAAAAAAACACAAUGCUUUGUUAUAAGAAAUAAUUAUCUAUUGAAAGCCUUUCACACUUAGUAUUUGUUAAAAAAAGAAAAAAUCAGGACAGAAAAGCUGCAUCCCUCCUUAGGUAGGAUGGUUUCUGGAGAAAGGAGAGUUAAAGACAGUUGAAUUAUGUCAUUGAGUUUUAUGAUAUCUUCUGACAAGAUCAGGAAUUUCAAAUAAAGUAAAGUAAAUGUGACCGGCUGUGUGAAAAACUAACAUUUUUAGAUGGCUAUGUUACUUAUUAAAGUCUUCACUUAAAGUGACUUACUGGUCUUUAUCUGAAGUGUUUUCUAACAUUUACUAUCAUUCAUGUAUAAUUUCCUCAUCAGGUGCAAAAUGACUUAAUGUAAUAUUUUCAUAGAUCAAAAAUUGUUUUCAUCCAGUUAAAAUGGAUUCUGCAUAUGUAUACAAGUGUCUUUAACAUUUUGGGAAAACAUGUACUGGUGAUUACUAUUCUUAUAUGCCUUUUAAAAUCUAAAGACUGUGAAGUCAAUACCUUAGUCUUGAACUUUAUGCAGAAUUUAUAUGACAUGCAAUGAUUAAACUUCUGGAAAUGUCAGAAAUGUCAUUAUUUGUACUUUUGUUCAGCAUUCCCAAAGACUGUGCCAAUGAAAUGAGAGUUAAUCUACUAGGAUCAACCAAAGCCCAGUUUUUAUUAAGUUCAUCUGAUCAGUAAACAUUACAUGGCAAAGGUCUGCUUUAUUUCAUGUUUAAUCUUUUGCUGCUGAGGAAAAAAAAUCACAAUGGGGUCCUAAAAAGUAUUUCCUCUUUCAUUUGAUCAACUGUAAUAGACAAGAGGUCAAUCAGCCAGAAUAGUAUCUGAUCCAGUUGAAGAGAAAUAUUGAGUUAUAUAUAGAAAUGGUGGUAUAUUUAAUCUUGAAGAUCAGAAUAAUUUUGCACCCUUUAAGGAAUGAUG